AUGCGUGCGGAAGACGUUGAGAAGCUUGUGAAUGACCGACUUCGAGACUUGAGGACUGGCGGGAACUUCGAAGAUGCACUACGCCAGGAGAUAGACCAGGCAAAUUCUACGCCUUUCACUGCCGAGAUUGAGCAGGCUGCUCCCCCGAAGCGAUUCUCGACGCCUUCGUUUACCCACUUCAAAGGGGACUCCGAUCCCGAAAGUCACCUAAAAUACUUCAAAAAUGUCAUGAUCCUUCACAAGACCGACGACGCAUUGAUGUGCAAGGCGUUUGUAAUGACCUUGCGAGGAGCAGCCCAAGACUGGUUCCACACUCUACCAUCCGGGUCAAUCAGCAGCUUCAAGGAGCUGGCUUACGUCUUCACCAAAGAAUACAUCUCUUACCGGAUGAUUAAGAAGAACCCGGACCAUCUGUUCAACCUACGCAAGAAGUCCGACGAAUCCCUUCGAGACUACAUCAAAAGAUUUAAAGCAGAAAAGGCCAACAUUGUGGGGUGUGACGACCGAAUCGCGUCCUCUGCUUUCAAGAAAGGCCUUCCAGUUGAACACGACUUAUACCGCGAGCUGACUAUCGCUCCCAGCCAAACUCUGGCAGAGGUCUUCGCGACCGCGGAACGCUAUGCGCUUUGGGAUGAUGAUCGAAUCGCCGCAAAGAAGUCUACUAAGCAGGAAGACCAGCCGUCUAAGAGGGCAGGCCAAAGGAGCGAAGGGUUUAGCAACAAAAACAAGGACAAACGCAGGUCACACCCACAAGGGGACGCUAUGGCAGGAGAGAACUACACAAAGUUCUCCAUCCCCAUACAUCAAAUCUUAGCCCAAGUGAAAGACAAACCGUGGGUAAAAAGACCACCACCCUUGAGAGGAGAUCCAGAUAAGAGGGAUGCCAGGAAAUACUGUGCCUUUCAUGGGACGAACGGGCACACUACAAACAACUGCUUUGCCUGGAAGACGCAUCUUGAAGAACUAGUGAGAGAAGGUCACUGCACGGAAUUCAUUGCAAAGCAGGCCAUCCAGCAAAUUGAAGACCGUGACACCGCCAAGGAACCACCUCAGAAAGUCAUAAGAAUUAACACAAUCCUGGCCGACUCUGAGGAGUCUGGAUUGACAAGCAAAGAAAAGAAAAGGAAAAUCAAACAGGCCACUAUGAUCUCCCAAAUCACGACCGACCUUCUACCAGCAGAAGACGGCCCUGUGAUCGGCUUCCAGAAGAAAGACCUGAUCGGUCUCGACAUGCCACAUAACGACGCCCUUGUUAUUAGCAUUCAAGUCGCUCAAGCCAUGGUCGACCGAAUCCAUGCAGACGAGGGCAGCGCAGCUAAUAUCUUGCAACUGGCAGUCAUUCAACAGAUGGGCUUGGAAGCAAAGAUCAACAAAAUAGCCAGAUCGUUGACUGGCUUUAAUGGUGCAACAACAGUUACCGUGGGCACAAUAGACCUUGACGUCCAUUCCCCACCUUGUCCAACUCAGCCGUUAGCUCAGCUCUCAUCCGAGAAGAACUGGGGGCCCAACAUCCGGUAUUCUACACUUCAAAAGCUCUCCUCAAUGCAGAGACUCGCUAUCCGAAAUUGGAAAAGCUCAUUUUGGCCCUUGUAG